AUAAUAAUGCAGGAGGAAGCAGGUAAAAAAUAUGAAAAUGGCAUCGAACCCUCCAUGAACCGACCCACACCAGCGUCAGAGAAAACUCAGGACAUUUCCCAUGUCCUGGCGAGUAUAUUCAAAGACCUGUACACAACGGAGGUCAUUGGAAAAGACACUGUUGCCAGUCUCACCAAAUCAAACAGAAAAGGGGAGGAUCAUCACUCCAAAUACGUGGAGGCACUUCAGCAGGUUCAUUUAGAGUAUGACAGACGGAUUCAAGACGCUGAGAUGUUGGAGAAGCACAUCAUUCAGGCCCGGCAGAAGGCCAGUGAUAAAGAGGAGCAUGUCCAGUCUCAGCUUAUGGAGGAUGUGGGAGAGGCCUACCAUCAGCUUGGCUUACCUCCAGUCAAGUCUACCUUUAAGUGGUGUGUGGACAACAGUCUUCUCAAGAGUCACAACCUGAUUUGCCCUGAGGACUACAUAAGAGAGCAAACGCCACAUGCUAAAGCUCCUCCAAGGAAAUCUGCUCAUCGGUUUGCCCAGUCAACUGCCUCGUACUCCAUGCAUGUGUCCACACAGCUCCAGGACGACGGCUACACACUAAUCCCUGAGCCUGUUACAGCCCAGAGUCUGCUGGAGGAGUCGGAAGAGACGCUGACUCUGCCCUCCUCACAGGAGACCUUCUCCAUCAGAAGCGAUUCCUCUCAGGUCCGUCAGGUGCAAGCCAAAAAAUUAUGCAAGGGGAAGCCUAGCUCAGAAGACGAUGCUGCUUGGCAGAAGCUUCAGAAGUGCCAAAACUUUCUGCGCAGCCCUCACUUUCAGCCCUUGAGUCAUCGACGAGGGGGAAAAUCUCUUAUCGUGCAGGUGGAGAAAGGAGAAAAGGGCAAGAAAGAAAGCUCCAGCCCUGAAGAGCUGGUGCCGGUUUUCAUCGCCAACCCGCCCGAAGUCCUGUUCACUGAAUACCAAAUUGGGGACGUCUAUGAGACCACAGUGGAACUGAGGAACAUGACCGCCGCCAGCCGCCACGUGCGUGUCAUCCCUCCUACCACCCCACACUUUUCUAUUGGGUUAGGCAAGUUCCCUGGUGAAGGAGGCAUCGUAGCUCCUGGUAUGAGCUGUCAGUACACUGUGCGCUUUGCCCCUGACUCUCUGGCUGAUUUUGAGGAUUUCCUGGUGGUUGAGUCACUGUCAGUACAUCCUCUGAUUAUACCACUGGAGGCCCACAGACCCCCACCGGUACUCACACUGCCUGCUGUUCUGGAUUUAGGCUACUGCCUGGUCGGAGGGGUGAAAACCAUGAAGGUGGUGUGCCAUAAUGUUGGUUACAGUGCUGGAACUUUCUGCAUUAUGCCCAAAGGACAGUGGCCUACCUCCAACCUCAGGUCUGCAGUGAAAGCGUGCUUUGCAGAAGAGCCUCCGUUUGCAAUCAGCCCGUCUCUGUUCAACUUGUUCCCAGGUCAGGCCGAGGUCAUACAGGUCGUUUUCUUCCCCACGACUGCUGAAACCUUCACCAAGAGCUUUACUAUCGUGUGUGACAACUGUCAAGUCAAGGAUUUCUCUAUACAAGGUACAGGUCAGGUGGUCAUGCUGGAGCUGGUGGCAUUAGAGGGUGGGGAGGACCUGCCUGCACUCGGGGAACUGCGUGACCUGACUGCUGAUCAUUUUAUAAGAUUUGACUCGACCAACGUGCAGUCUGUGCUUCGGAAAAAAGUGAUGAUCAAGAACAAUACGCAUUUGGAGCUGCCGUUCCAGUGGCAGAUCAUGAAACCCAACCUGCAGUAUCUGCUGCCUGGAGAGAUUCCAGAUCCAUCAUGCGUCCAGCAUCACACCGCUACUGACAACGCCUUCAGCAUUAAUCCACAGACUGGCCUGUUCGCUCCUGCGCAAGAGUCUGUGUUUAUCCUUACAUUCUGUCCAGAAGAGUUGAGGGAUUAUCACAGUGUGUGUCACUUGGUCAUAAUGAACGUCCCGAAUCUGCAGAAUAGUCAUGCUUCUCAGCAGCACCAGGACCCGGUUGGUGACGUGAUCGUGAUGGAGUUUGAAGUUAAAGGCUGUACUGAGCCGUAUAGGAUCCUGCUGGAGCCGUACGCCCUCUUAAUACCAGGAGAGAGUUACAUACACACCACCAUCCGCAAGGGCUUUAAGAUGUGGAAUCAAAGCAAGUCCUCGAUUCGUUUUCAAUGGGAGCGUAUCAAUGACCUUCACUGUAUUGAAGUUGAGCCCUUGUCAGGGCAAAUAGAAACGAACGAGUGUCUUGAUAUGGAUCUGGUUCUGACUGGAGGCCGACCCGGUUGCCUAACCACCAAACUUCAUUGUCACAUUCAGCACCACUCAGACCCUAUAGUCUUGCCCAUAGAGGCCACGUUUAAGGGGCCGGACGUGUCUGUAAACCUGCCCAGUGUGGAUCUGGGGAUUGUGCAGCUUGGUAAGGAAGUCUGCUCGACUCUCCAGAUUAGCAACAGCAGCCCUUUAGAAGCCCAGUGGAGCCUGAAAGAGCUGCCCAAUGACCUUGCAGUCAACGUUGCAUCUGUGAUCAUAGAGCCCAGUCAGGGUGUUCUGGCUCCUUUAUCAUCCUGCAGUGUGAGCGUGAUUUUCAGAGCCAUGUGCUGUCAGAGCUUUGAGUCUGUCCUGCGGCUCGCUGUCCUGAAUGGCACCGGAUGUCACCUGCCUGUCCGAGCAGAGGUCCUGUGUCCUCAGGUGUGUUUGCUGAGCACCCAGAUGGUGCUGCCUAUCCUGUAUGUAGGAAUUCCACAGACCGGCAAAGCGACACUGUUUAACCAAACACUACUCCCAGCACAGUUCACAUGGAAUAAGCUCCAGGGCCAUCAGGCUCAUCUCUGUUCUGCCAGCUUUACUCCAUCGUCUGGCACUCUGUUGCCCAACGCAUACCUGGACAUCAGUGUGUCCUUCACAACACACACGGAUGAGGAGCUGAAUGACGUAACAGCUGUGUGUGAGGUGGACGGAAUGGAGAAACUUCUUGUGCUCAACUUCUGCUGCAAAGCCAAGAGUCUGAGCGUGUCCUACUCUCUGCCUCAGACCAGUACAAACUGUGCUGCGUCAGAGGUUCCUGAUGAGCGGCCGGUUGUGCUGGAUUUCACGGAGGACAGUCCGAUCAUGAUCGGCAAAUCAACGGACAGACAGCUGCUGAUAACCAAUCGCACCGCAAUUUCAACCUCUUUCAUCAUAGAGGUAGAGGUCUUUAGUGAACACCGGCCCAAAGAAAGAGUCACAGAACCAUCUAAACAUGGAAGUCGUCAUAUGAAGUCGCUGCUUCAUAUUAUGCAUUUAGAGAAAAUCGAGGAGAAGGAACACAAAGAUUUUGUACAAGGACUUCUGGCUCACGGUAAAGGUGUCUCGUUCUUGGUCGAGCCAAAAAAAGGAAAGCUUGGGCCUUUUGAAACCGUCGUCAUUAACAUCACUGCCCAUAGCAACAUGUGGGGCGAUUAUGAAGACCACCUCAUCUGCAAAGUUGGUGAUCUUGAGGCAGAUCUCAUUCCAAUGAGGAUGUCUGUGAAAGGUUGCCCUUUAUACUUCCAGAUCAUUGGACCACAGCCUGAGAAUCAGAACCAAGGCCCGAUUAUACGAUUUGGGACACAUAUUUCUGGAGGGGACACAGUGUCACGGUCUCUCCGUCUGAACAACCCAAGCCCAUACGACAUCCGCGUGGACUGGCUGACGUACAACAAAGAGGCCGAAGACAGGAAGUUAAUAGACUUGAUUGUGGCAUAUGGGGAAGCUUUUCCUCUUAAGGACGUUGACGGUAACGAGGUUAUCGGAGGUCCAAACUCCCACAUGGCUCUUUUGCCAAGGUUGAAUCAAUGCCAAACUCCCAGCACGGAAGAAAGCAACUCCUCUCUCAGAACCACAUCGGAGACGUCAGACUUUGAUGAAGAACUGAGUGAGGAAGAGGAACAACAGGCGCUGGUGUCUCUGGCAUCAGCGAGGAAACUGUUUUCUGUAUUUAUCCAGCCGCAUGAAGGAUGUGUUUCAGAUUACCCAUACUGCAUCACUCCACAGCAGAUAAUUGUCCCUGCAGGGGGCAGUAGCACCAUCCAUGUGUCUUUUACCCCUCUCACACUAUCGGAUCCAGCUGGCAGCCACGCGUGUGUAGGUUACGCUCUGGGCUUCAUGUCACUGGACUCAAAGAUGGAGCCGAGUAUUGUGGGUAAAGUUGCCAGAGCUCAGGGUUAUGAGCUGGAACCUCUGAGACUGGACAUGUUGGCGUUUAUUAAACCAGCCAUAUUGACGGUCCAGAUGGAGGAAGUGGAUGAAGAUGUUCUGCAGUUCAGCGCUACUGCGAGUGAUUUACUUGAUGGUCACAAUCUCAAAAAGGAGUGUGUGACAGUGCGCACGCUGCAGCUCAUCAACAGCACUGACGUUCCUUUGAGUUUCACACUCGCUACACAGUGGCCGUUUUCUGUCCUGCAGCGCACACACACACACCGGGCCAAGCUUGCGGGUCAGGUUGAGAGACAGCACACACUGUUGCUGCCACCUAAACACAACAUGCAGGUGAAGGUGGCUUUUCACCUUGCAGCGUCUCUCCUGUUCUAUCAGAGCCAGCUGUCUCCAGAAGCCCCGCCCACUGUGACGCUGCUGUGUGCUCAGAUGGAAGAGAGGAGGCUGAGAUUUCAGGAGAAUCUCACUAUUCAGUACAGCAACAGCUCUCUACAGAGUGUAGGUUUGUGUGCUCACGUGGCACUACCCAUGCUGCACCUCUCCUCCAACAGUGUCGACUUUGGCACCUGUUACGUGGGACAGACCAGAGUUAAAGAAGUGUUCCUGUCCAAUCAUGGCGGCUCUAGCAGUUUUUGGACCGUAUUGCUAGGUGGAGGUGCUAAAGAAGAGAAUAAAGUCUUCAAAGUCGCUCCAGUGCAUGGUGUCUUAAAGGCACCGGAGUUUCCCGUCUCCUCCUCUAGACAAUCGCUGGAGAUCAGCUUCACACCCAGCGAUCAACAGUCAUUCCAGACCACAGUCACUGUGCAAGGAAUUCUGGGAGAGCCCUGUCUUACUCUGCAGAUACAAGGAAGAGGAUCACUGGAUGAGAAAUACAUUUCCCCAACACAUGACAUUUAAGGGACAGACAGGUUUAUCAUUAGGGCCCAAGCGUUAUAAGCACAUCAGCACGAUGACGACAUUAUUAUGAUGUCAUCACCAUCGCCAUCACUCCAUGAGUACAUGUGCUAGUUCACACGAAUCAACCUGUAAUUUUUUUUAUACUUUUCCAAAACUUUAUUUUGUUUCUAGUGUACUUGAUUAGAAAUCUAGCAUUAACUUUUUCGUUUUAUCUUUGCUGAAGAAAAAAGACUAUAUGAAACAUACAAAUAUAAAAACAUUUAAGUAAGACGUGUAGUAUAUUUGUCUAGGUCUUCAAUCUGACAGAGGAUUUAUCUUUUUCACAGCUUAGGCUAAAACUGACAAUGAAGGUGUAAAUAUACACAAAUCAAAUGCAAAACCAUAACCCUGCCCAUAACCAUAACCUUUGUAAUUUGUAUACAAUUUAAAUAGAAAUCACAACAAGAAACUAAUUAGGAGCAGUUGUAUAUAAAUGACUUGUUACAUGAGUGAGUUUAUUCCCAUUUGUUACUUGUAAGAAAUGUUAUUUGAAGUUAUUACAAACAACAUUUUUUUCCUUGAUUCCUCUAAAUAAAGUUG